GCAUCCGAUGAGGACGCGAUUGUGAUUCGCGUGUGUUCGUUAGGGUUGUCGAUUCGAGUGUUGUCGCUUGAAUUCAUAGAAGCUGGGAGAGAGCGACAUUUCGGAAGUCGCGUGCUCAGCUUCCUGAAGUGGUUAGCCGGUGGAGGCGUUUUGCUUUGGUGUAUUUGACACGAUGAGUCGAUACAUUCAACUUACGCUAGCGGUGUGCGUCUUCAUUGUCCAAACUGAUGUUUCAUUUUCGUUCUACCUUCCGGGUUUGGCACCGGUUAACUACUGUGAGAAGGAAAAAGAAAGUGAACGCUGCAAGUCCAAGAUUCCAGUCUUCGUCAACCGGCUGACGUCAUUGGAAUCUGUCAUACCGUAUGACUACAGCUACUUUGACUUUUGUGAACCUAAGGAGAAGUCAGCACCACCCCCGGUCGAGAACCUUGGCCAGGUGGUCUUCGGCCAGCGCAUACAGUCCUCACCAUAUGAGUUUUUGUUUGAGCCAGCUGGCCGGACGCCGCAGACGUGCGUCAAGGUGUGUGAACGUUCCUACAACAGCGGCGACGACAAGAACAAUGGCAAGCUGACCAACCUGAAGCGGGCCAUUUUCCUCGACUACCAGCACCACUUCAUAGUCGACAACAUGCCCGUGACGCUGUGCUACAUGACCGACCCGGGCGAGCGCAGCUGCAACAACGGCUUCCCCGUCGGCUGUUACGUGGACGCCCAGAACCGGGCCAAGCCCUCCUGCUAUCUCGGUAGCAACUUGGCCCACAAGAGUGACGUUUAUUACGUCUACAACCACCUGGAUUUCAACAUCACCUACCACAGUGGCGUGAACGAGGCUUGGGGCAGCUCUUUUCAAGGCAAUGGUGGCCGCAUCAUCCGCGUGCAGGUGACGCCGCGCUCCAUCCAGCACCCGGCUGACGGCGUGCGCUGCGACGGCCCGCAGCCUGCUAUGGAGAUCAGCGGCCGCGACCAGUUGGCCGGCGGCGCCGUCCGCGUCCAGUACACGUACUCCGUCACAUUCCACGAGACUCACGAUCUCAAGUGGUCGUCGCGCUGGGAUUACCUGCUGGACUCGCUGCCGAACGCUAACAUCCAGUGGUUUUCCAUCCUUAACUCGCUGGUGAUCGUGCUCUUCCUCUCCGGCAUGGUGGCCAUGAUCAUGCUGCGUACGCUGCACAAGGACAUUGCUCGCUACAACCAGAUCGAGUCGGGCGACGACUCUCAGGAGGAGUUUGGCUGGAAACUGGUGCACGGCGACGUGUUCCGACCGCCCCGACACGGCAUGCUGCUCUCCGUUCUGGUCGGCUCCGGUGUCCAGGUGCUCUCCAUGAUGCUCAUCACACUCGUGUUCGCGUGCCUGGGCUUCUUGUCGCCGGCGAACCGCGGCUCGCUGAUGACCUGUGGCCUCGUCCUGUACGUCUGCCUGGGCACGCCCGCCGGCUACGUGGCCGCCAGGAUCUACAAGUCGUUUGGCGGCGAGAAGUGGGGACUUAACGUGCUGCUGACGUCGACGCUGUGCCCGGGGAUCGUGUUCAGUAUCACCCUGCUGCUCAACUUCGUGCUGUGGGCGCACGGCUCGUCGGCGGCACUGCCUUUCCUCACUAUACUGGCGCUGAUCGGGCUUUGGUUCGGUGUGUCCGUGCCGCUUACCUUCGUUGGCGCCUACUUCGGCUUCAAGAAGCGCGUGCUGGAACAUCCGGUCCGCACCAACCAGAUCCCGCGCCAGAUCCCCGAGCAGAGUAUCUACACGCGCCCGGUGCCGUGCGUGCUGAUGGGCGGAAUUCUGCCCUUCGGCUGCAUCUUCGUCCAGCUGUUCUUCAUCCUCAGCUCCAUCUGGUCCAGCCAGAUGUACUACAUGUUCGGCUUCCUGUUCCUGGUGUUCGUCAUCUUGGUCAUCACGUGCUCUGAGACCACCAUCCUGCUCUGCUACUUCCACCUGUGCGCUGAGGACUACCACUGGUGGUGGCGCAGCUUCAUGACCUCGGGUUUCACCGCAUUCUACCUGUUCAUCUACUGCUGCCACUAUUUCGCCACCAAGCUCAGCAUCGUGGACCCCACCUCUAUCUUCCUGUACUUCGGCUACACGGCCAUCAUGGUGUUCCUGUUCUUCAUCAUGACCGGCACCAUCGGCUACCUGGCCUGCUUCUGGUUCGUGCGCAAGAUUUACAGCGUGGUGAAGGUCGACUGAGGAGUCGGUCGUCGCCGUACGCCCGGCGCCGCCAACAGCACGCCAGCUCCCCCUCCCGACUGGCCGUGAUCCGGUCGGCCGGCUCGGCGCGGCGCGGCGCGGUGUGGCGCGCUCGCCGCCGGGUCGGCGCUAUUUAUUGGUUACGGACUGCGCUGGCCGGCGGCGGCGGCGGCCAGAGGAUGAGGCCGGCCCUCCCCGGCUCCCGUACGCGGCGUGCCUUGGCGAUCGGCGGCGAGUCUGUGCCGUGCGCAGGUGGUCGGUGGCGGUUGUGGCUGCGUCCGGGCCGCGUGCUGGCUGCGGGCGGCCUUCUCGCCCCGGUGCGCGCGUGCCCCGUGCGCCAGGGCUGUGUGCGACGACAGUGCUGGCGUGCGCCUGUGUGGUGUCUCGUCCAGUGAGUGUACGCGCUCAACACACAACUAAUGACUAGACUGUGGUGCGCCUCUGCUUGGAUGUGGUUACGGGAACUCUGUUCUGCGUUCAUUGUCAUGCUUGUGCUGUUUGGCGCACAUUUGUGUGAUCGCCACGACACUUUUAACCACACUGUCAAAUACUUUGUGUCGUUUGUUCGGGCAUUUCCUGACUGUGAAUGGAAUACGGCCAUGUGUGCAAAUCUGCAGCCCAGUAAAAGCACGGACGUGUGGAUGAUCGUCAAAUUAUCUUAGUUGUCGAUAUGGACCAUUGAAGUCGUGUUGUGUGCAUUAGGGCACUCUUCCGCCUGGUGAUUCGUGCAUUGCUGACCAUUUCACUCUUGGCGCCGGCUGUGGGUGACGUGAGCCCCUGGGCUUGGUCGGUAGGGCGGGGCCUCGCCGCCUGCUGUGGGCUCGGGCCCGGUCGGUUGUGGGCGUCGGCCCAAGUACGGGCCCUCAGCGGCGCCUCGCCGCCUGCUGUGGGCUCGGGCCCGGUCGGCCCAAGCUCGGGCCCUCAGCGGCGGUCUCGUGCUGGCAUCCCCUUACAGUGCGACCGAAAUGAGAUGGUGUCGUUUUGUUACGCCUUACAGAUUGAUUUUGUUGUAGUGCACUAUUCAGGGGAGAAUAAAUAUACCAUAAACCAGGCGUC